AUGGAUUUCCAACAACGAUUAUGUAAUAUGUCAGAUGAACAAUAUGAAAGUUUAUCAAAUAUACUUAUCAAUUCAAUAUCGGAUAAUGAACUUAUUCAAACAGUAAGAUGUUUUUCUUUUCUAUUUUAUUCAAAAUUUAUCCAUCAAAAUAAAAAAGUUCUUUAGUUACGAUACGAACAUAAAUGUUAUUUCAAUUAGAUCAUUAUCUUGAUAAAGUAAAAGAAAAAACGAUGGAAAAACUUUUGUGAAAAUGUAUUUUGCAAUUUUUAGCCUGAGAAAUAUACGUGGUUUGAACAAGAUUGAAAACAUUUAUAUGAUCUUGACAAACUUCGAAGAACAAAUUCUUCUUAUCAUAAUGAAACAUCUACACCAUGAGCCGAACCUUUAUUUACCAAUGCGGGAAAUAUACUUCAAUUCUUUUUAAAAAAUCUGAGAAUAAUAUUCUUAUUAAACGUGUCAUUAACAAUUUUAGGAAGAGAAGAUAUUUUCUUACUUGUGAUAAUUCUUCAGUUUUGACGUCCCUUCUAUUUCAAUCUUUCAAACGAAUCUUUCCUCGUAGGAAUAAAAUCACCCUCAACAAUCACUAUCUGCUGUCCUUACCCGUUUGCUUUCGGCGUUUUUCUAGCUGAAAAGAGUAGUAACAGUGCUCGUACUACCUCCAAUAAGCUUGAAAAAACCUGUUUUUGAUUAUAACUUGUACGAGCAACAAAAUGAGACGAAUUACUUUAUUUAAUAAUAUACCGAUUUCGCUCUCUGUUGCUAAUUUUUCUAUGAAAAACAUCGAAGUUUACUUCGUACUGUUUAGUUCUGGUAAAUUCAUACAUAACAUCGUGUAUUACACAUAGGCACAAAUAAAAGAAGACGACAGAGCCAUUUAAGAUAGUACAUGAGGAAGGAAACACUGCAAAAAAACGUCGUCAUUUAACAUGUCAAGUAAAAAAAGCUGUGUCGCGCAAUCCUUAGAGGAUUAAAAUGUGAAAUACGAUAGAGCUUAUGAUAUUAUAAAUCAAAGAUUUGAGCAGCAUAUGUGUCAGUUUUUCAAUUCCUGUAGAUUGUUACAGUGAGUGUGGACAGAGAACGAAUGUCAAAUAUCCGAAAUAAUUUUGUAAUCAACUUCAGUAUCGUGGCUAUGUCUGUGACGGUUUGGAAGUUUCCAAAUUUGUAUCCUUCUACAUCAACAUUCCUUUGAGAUCGUGUUUCACAAAAAACGGGCAAAAGAAUUGUGGAAGGUAUUUUUUAUUCGAUCUUCUAAUCGACAUAUUCGAUAAGAAGGAUGGGAAGCCAGGAACUUGCUUUUUCGAAUUUUGUUUUGCAAGACUUUCUCUUAGGCUUUCAUCCCUCGCGCAAAAAAUAAACGAAAAUCAUGCUCAUGAACUUAUCUUUAAAAAAACAUGUAACACAUUCCAUUAAAUUCGAGGAAAAUAAUAGUCCAAAAUAAUGAAUAUUCACCUUUCUAAAUAAUCUUUUUUUUUCAAUCUUUAUAGAAAUCAGUUGCAAUGAAUAAAAUAAAAAACGGAUUUUUUUCCUUAUGGCUUCGAAUUCAACAAGCUAUUUGUGGUGUUAAACCAAAAACAAAUGGGAAUUCCAAUGGAAAAAACCCAUAAUGAUCAAUUAUCUGAUCUUGCUUUGUUUUUUUAAGAAAUUUAUUUCUUCAUCUAAAUUUAUUUCAAUUAGGAAUAUCAGAUAAUCAACAACAACAAUUAACUCUUUUAUUUGAUGUUCUCGUGGCAAAUUCAAUUCAAUUAGAUUUUUCGAAUUGAACAGUAAUCGAUGGUGUUAUAUGAACAUUUGUAUUACUUGAUACAAUAACAAAAUAUGCUUAUCAAUGGGACAAUCUAUCACAUGUUCUUAAGACAUAUUUUCUUGCUAAUGGUGCACCAAGAAAACGUUGAUUCUCUUCGACGAGUAAAUACGAACAAGAAAAAAUACACACAAAUUUUCUUUCUUUUAAUGUAUAAGAAAUGUUUAAUUUAGAUGAAAAAAUUUCUUCAAGACUUUCCUUCGUUUAUUACAUUUAUCAUCAAUGAAUAAAAUAGUUAAUAUACUUUUAAAUUUCUCUCAUCCAUCGAUUGAUAAUUAAUAACAACAAUUGAUAAAGCUGCGCGUAGUUGGAUAAGUCUUAUAUCACAAAGAAAUUUAAAUGUAUUUAAACGAUUUCCUAAUGAAAAUAAUUUACUAGAAGAUUUUCUUCGUCGAGCAUAUCGUCAUAAUUAAUGUAGUUUUUAUUAAUAUUUAUUUGAAAUGAUACGAAAUUCUCUCUGAAUACAAUUUAGAAAAUUCAUGAAAAUCCUUCAUUAACACCAUCAACAAAACGUCUUAGAGAUCGAUUUUGGGUAUCAUCACCACCGUAACAAUGGAUUUAUUUAUUAUGAUUUUGGAUUUAGUCUUCUACUCCACCUCAGCGCCCACCA